CCUUGUAUAAACAAGCAUGGCGGGUGCUGUUGGACAGGAAGCGAUUGAAAAAUAAACAUGGUUUUACACAUAUCCUCCUGGUAAUCAUGGAGGUAAGAUAGUUUAAACAAUUCUUUAUGAAUCUUUUGAGUUUACUGUGCACUGUAGGUUUCUGACCUUUUUAUACAAUUGUCAUAAGGUCUAUUGAUGUGAUGCGUAUCUGAAAAUGAAAUGCAUCAUUCUUCACAUCCGUUCAUAAGUUGUUAAAAUCGAUAAAUUUAUUAUUAUAGUGUAAUAUUUUGUACUGUUGGCGAUCAUUCGUACAAGAAAGAUUUGAAAUUGUUUAGCUUAUGAUUAUUUUGAUAUAUUGCUUAGCUUUUAAACAGUCUUGAACCGUUGCACAUCAAUGGCUGCGGACAAUUAAUUACAGGUUACCGCGGUUUAGCGGCCGCGAACAGUUACUAUAAAUAGACGAUCGCCUGAAACUCGAUAUGAGCGUCAGAUCGAGAUAGACACCAUAGAUAUUAUGUGCUGCUUUGUUUGCUUCCCAGUCCUUACUAUUGCUCAGUUGUUGCCAUUUGUGUUUAAUCAGUAGAUUUAUUAACUAUGAAAUUACUUUGAUAGUAGCAUGGAUUUUUACUGUAUAAAGUAAGUGUAUUUACUUUUACAUGGUCACAUAAACAAAAUUUUUUUAUUUUCUUUAAGAGAAGUUCUUUUCAGUCAUAGUGGACAAAAUGAAUCGUUAGUAAGUUGCAUAUCGUUAUAAGUUGAAUGUUCUGACUGUCAUUCGAUGUGUAUUUCGUUUCAUCAGAAAAGUAUGCCAAAAUGAGUGCUGAAGAUCCCUCACUUCAGUUUCCUCUUCAUGUGAGCACAGAGGAUGAGGAGUUUGUGAUCGAGAAAGAAGGUGAUGAUCCCACGAGUCCAUCAGGAUCCCAUUUUGAUGAUCAAGGAUUUUUAUCCAAUGAGGACCAAAUAGGAGGAGUUCGACUGAAGAGACGACGGCGGUGUGGACAGUGUGGGCCUUGUCAGGUCAAAGAAAACUGUAACAAGUGUCACUACUGUGUCCGCAAGGAUGUCCUAAAACAGACUUGUGUGUACCGAAAGUGUGUGUACCUCAGAUCAAAGCCCAAGCCUUAUUCCAGGCAGCCAAAGGAGGUCAUUCCCCUCAGUCAGCGACCUCUUCUUACCUCUCCACCCACUGAUGUUCCCCGACCAACCUCUCAGCAGGUCACUUCCUUAUUUCCUGAUAACAAUGGACUCGCUAAAACUCUGAUGCCAAAUAACACUGUGUCCUCUCCUCCUUUGCCUUUUCCAUUUGGGUUGCCACCAGGACCCACACAGAUUGAAUCAAAAUUCAAACCACCUCCCACAAGUGUUGCUCCUGAUAUUUUUAGCAAUGCAAGUGAGCUCAAGAGUCCAAAUCCAAUCUCAUCCCUACCAGGACCAAUGAACAACCAUCAGCCACCAUUGAUACAAAGCCUCACUAACAAUUCCAUUAGUGCACAGUUUUCAGAUUUCAGCAGUUCAUCAUUUCCACGAGCACCUAUUCAUGUUCCUCUGCCUCACUCUAUUCGAGAAUCUCCAUCACUAAUGCAUUACCCGGGUUAUGGCAGAUCCAUGGUUAAUGAACCACGGCCUGAAAUGCAGUCCCCGUGUAUGUAUUCACCCUCUCCACUUCGUCCACCUCUUCCUAGUUCUGUGUCACCAAUGACUAUGCCCUUUGAACGUAAUCCAGUUGGAGGAUACCUGGACAGACCUCCCAAUGGACCUACUUACUUACCCAAUAGUUCAGACUUGUAUAGACCAUUUACAUCAAUACCAUCGGCCACUCCAGGAUAUCCCUAUUCUACACAGUCCAGGUACUCCCAUAAUGCAGCGGUAUACCCAACUGCUUCAUCAAUACCAGGGUACUCAGGUCUUGGAAUGCACCCUCCUUUGCAUCCGUCGGCAAUGUCGGGCAAUGGGCCACAUUAUGGAGCAUUUCAGACACCCUCUUUUCCCUCAAAUCAAUCUAUCGGGUGUCCAAAAAACGGGCAAUGCCCUCCUGCAUCCCAGAUUUUGGAUACCCCACUGAUGCAGGAGAGGUAUGGGUCUACCCACAAUUCCAAGGACAGUGUCAGUUCUAAGAACAAUUUAAAAAAGACAAAGAACUCGGAAGCACAUUGUCCUGCUGAUGAAUUGGAAUUGGCAGAACACACAAGAAGUGUAUUCAAUCUGACUGAGCGGAGGAGGCGAAGUUCAUCUUCCUCAGACUAUUGGGAAUUUUUGUCGCGGAAAGACAGGCAAAAGCUUCCAUCAAUCCCAUCAGCCCCAAAUUUCUGUGGAAAUAUGCCAUGGGACAUGUUUAAUAUUUAUAGUUGGGGCAGACGACCGGCAUCUGUUCUUAGUGAUGAUACCAGUCAUGCAAGUGUAACUUCGUCAGAUUUUGAAUGCGACAUCAUUGGCAUAGAUGAUUUACAAAUCAAUGCUAUGAUACGCUCCGAUGGUUGUAACAGUAUUGAGAUAGAGUUUGACGGUCGCGCAUCAGAAACUUCAGGAUUGAUCACCAAACCAGGGAAUCCAGGAUCUAGUCAAAACAGUGAAAAUGAAACAGAGUGCCCAACACCUGUGAAAAAGAUCUACAUUCAGGGGUCAGUCCAUUUGAAGCAGGAUCUAGGUGAUGAAGGAAUUAUUCAGCUGGAACUCCCAGGGAACAAAGUGACGAUAGAAAAUGCAUGUCUUGACAGUGAACUGGCUUCAUAUUCAUGUGAUUUAGACGGUUUACUGGACUUUAUCAGGAAGGAACCAGACUUGGAAUAUGUGGAUUGAUAGUAAUGCAUAAGUAAUUGAUGAUAUUCAUCAGUUGUUUCCUCAUUAAUAAUUUUCACACUGCUGAAGUUUGGACAAAAUGUAGAAUUUUUUUCUUUAAAAAAUUGCCAGAUUUUUUUCUUCCUCAACUAUUGGAAAAUCUAUAUUUAUUUUUCUAUCUUUGAUAUAUAUAUAUCUAUUUCUAUUUCUAAACACAGAUUUCUAAUUUUUAUACAUUUCUUCUAAUAUUGCAAAAUUAAUUAUUUUUCAUUCACCCUGAUUUGAUUUGAGUUGUAUAUUUUGACAACACUUCCCAAGAUGCAUAAUUCUAUAAAAAGAAGAAAAUUACAUUGAGGACCUGUUGAUAAUGAAAUAAUGUUUUGUAAUCAAUGAACGGAUAUUACGAAGCAGUUUUGAUUGUGGCUGAAAACCUGUAUAUUAACGGUAUCUGAUUCCAGCUACUUCAGUGGUCAUUUUCAAUAUUUUAGAAACUGAAUAUCAUAGUAGACAGAAUUAGUUGUGGUAGGAAUAGCAACAUUACAACAUUAAUUACUGCAUGCAUUUUAUCAAAGCUUUAUUAGUUAUUUGUAAUCUGAUGUUUUGUUGGAGAAAUUAGACUGUAAAUAUACGGUAAGCAUGGGACAUGAUAAUUAUGUAUUUGUUAUUCUCUGUGUUCUUAAAAGAGCUAAAGAAAGGUAUUUUCUUUUUGUAUACAAAUGUUUCGUUUGUAAUUCCAUGGUAAGAAAUGUUCAAAAUUUGAUUAUUUUUUUUAAAAAUGGCAGAGGCGUAUUGUUAAUUUUUGUUAUAUCAUGAUGACCAUGUGUCUGUCUAUUCUGUGUGCAUCAUGGAAUUGGUAGAUGUUCCAUUCAGUGCUUGUGUGGACUUUAUUGGUUUCUCGAUUCACAGUUUCACAAGUUCUAUUGUAACUAUGAAGGUGAGGAAUCGUGUGAUGCAUCGUAUGACAAAACAGCAUAACUUGGCUUUCAUGUUGCUAAAAAUAUCAGGAAGUGUUUUCCUAUAAUGAAUUUUCAUGAUGUAGAAAAUACAUGCAACACGCUGAUUGGAGCCUCUACAGUGUCUACCAAAAUUCUACCUCAGCUGUCGAUACCAAGAGCGAUAGAUAAAUUGUGUUUUGUGUUGUGGUACAUGAUCAACUAAUUCAGCUUAGUAGGGGAUAAUUGUAGUGAAAUGUUUUAUUUUUACCAUUUUAUAUGUUUUUGAUGUUGUGUUCUACAAAAUAUCGCUGAUGUAAUGGGCAUAAACGUAAGUCUAGUGUUAUUGUGCUUAUUGUCGUGUAAUAGUUAUUUAUUUGAAUUAAUUUGAUUUUGAAUUUAAAGCGACCUUUAACUAUACAUGAACUACAUGUAGUUUGGGUCUUUAAAAUUACAGAUCGUAUUAUGGUAUGGCGCUUCUGCAUGUCUGUCUGUCAGCACAUUUUGGGUCUCGGAUGAAAUUAGCACUUUUAAGGCUGUUCCCAAGAAUUAAAGGAAGAAGCCUACAUAUUUUCAAGGUCACAUGAAUAAUUUUAUAUGCACAAAAAAAUUAAAACAGUACUUGAAAUGCUAGGAUAAUCAAACCUGAUACAUGUAAUCAACCAUUAUAAAUGCGUAUUAGUCUGCAUGUCUAUCUUUCACUAGUGUAGCAGGGCCCUAGUGGGCAGUCUGCACUAUCAAUCUACACCAUUGUCUAUCUUUCAGACAGCACCUUGUGGGUAAGAUAAAAACAGUACUUAUAAGGCCAGGGUAAUCAAACUUGGUAUACAUGUUCCCAAUGAUUAGGGUGAAGACACGUAUUGUUUUUCAAGGUCAAAGGUCAAACUUACAUGGGCAAUUUUAUAUGCACAAAACAAGAUAAUGCUAAUAAGGCUACGAUAAUGAAACCUGGUACAUGUUCCCUAUGGUGAGAGGAAGUUCUCAAGUGUACUUUCAUGGGUAAUCAUGAUAAAAGUAUAUUUUGAGAAGUUAAAUGAUGUUGUUUUUGAAGACUAAUCUUUCUUCAAUUUGAUAUUUAACAAAGCCAUUUUAGAAAUAAUCCCCCCCCCCCCCCCCCCCCCCCCCCAAUACUCUCCAAUUUUAGAGAAAGUGCCAAAAGAACACAGUAGCUGUCGGGGGCCAUUUUUUGACCAAUACAUGUUUAUUUGGAUGUUAUUGUUUUUCUUUGAUUUCUGUUGGAUGGGCGUAUUUUGCAUUGUGGGCGUGGCUUGUUAUCCUUGUGACAGUAAUGUGUACAUAUGAAUUCUUAAUAUAUCUACCUUAGUUUGCAGAUUGUUUAAAAAUGAUUUCCAGAUUAUUAUUUUUUGAUAGAUGAUAUGAUCUUGGAUGUUACAAAGUCAUAAUACAUUUCAUACUGUUAAUGGAUUUUGUUGAAAAAAAAAUCCAUGUAAAAUAUGUUAAAUACAAAAACCCAUAUUAAAUGCAAGAACUCAAAUGAUCUGCAAAAGUGAAACAUGAUCUUCCUGAAAUUUUGCAAAACACAAAUAUGCCAUCCAUGUGUAGAUAAAGUAUGUUUUAAUCUAGUCCAUAAUGGUUGUGAAUAUUUGUAGAUGUUAUUAAUUUGCAAAAUAAUUUAAUAUGUAUUGCAAUUUAUCUGCUGAAAAACACAUAAGUAAUUACAUGUUUAAGAAAGUUUGCUUCCUUGUUUAGUGUCAACCACAAGUAAAAAAUAAUGUGAACUAAGAGGAUCGUAGGGCUUUUCAUUGGGACACCUUUGGCAUAAUGGUUUGUGUUUUUAUUCUUUACACUUGUCAUGUUCCUAUUCAUGAAAUACACGUUUCAUCUACCGUGCAAUGCAUAUACUCUUACCCAGUUUUAGGGUGUUGUAAUUUAUACAAAAUGUAAAUAAAUUAAUCAUCUUGA